UUGUGCUUUAGAGAGACUACUUUGAAGCCAGCCCACUUUGUGGGAGGGAAUGUAAAGUGUGCAACUCAAAAGAAGGGGAAGAACUCGAUUUCCACAGAGGCUACAGCUAUUUAAGGAAUCAGUCAUGGCUGCAGAAGCACAGCACACUUGUUAUGAGGGUGACAAUGUCCACAUUUUCCAGUUCUAUCUGGAACACUCAGGAGAGCACAAGGCCAUUGUGCAGUGUGUUAACAAUCUCCUAGCAAGAGAAUUUAAAAGGAUUGGAGAGGGUAAAAGCAGCCUGGGCGUUCUUGGUGUUGGAAGUGGUGGAGGUGAGGUGGAUGCUCAGAUCCUCACACUGCUGCAGUCUGUAUUCCCUGCUGUUCCUAUUACUGCUGACAUUGUGGAGGGCAGCUCUGAACUCUCAGACAACUUCAAAGCUUUGGUAGCAAACACUGCCAGUCUUCAGAAGAUCCCAUUUGGCUGGAACAUCAUGAGCAGCGAGGACUAUGUAAAGCAAGUGAAAACGAAGGGCGAGAUGAAGAAAUUUGAUUUCAUACACAUGAUUCAGAUGAUCUAUUAUGUGGAAAACCUUUGUGAAACUAUCAGCUUUUACCACAGCCUUCUAAAAGCUAACGGCAGACUUAUGAUCAUCGUCGAAGCAGCCAACAGUGGAUGGGACACCUUGUGGAAGACUUACAGCAAGGAGCUGUGUGUAGGUGUCAUUAAAGAGUACCGUUCAUCAGCAGAGGUCAUUGCCUGUCUGAAGAGCCUGGGUCUGAAAUACGAUGAGCAUUCAGCUCCCAACGCCUUCGACAUUACCGAGUGCUUCAAUCCAGGCAGCUGCCAUGGAGAACGCCUGCUGAGUUUCAUGACAGGAAGCGACAAAUUCCACAAGUCCUUCACCCCAGAGAUCAGAGCGGGCAUGUUAGAUCUUCUAAGGAGAAAGUGCAGCGCAGAGAAGGAUGGCAAAGUGUUGUUCAACAGCGAUCUGAGCUGCAUUCUUGUUCAUGCUUAAAUAUAUGCUGUGGAGAAGUGUCCAUCUAUUCCGCUGGAUCUUUAUUCUCUGUAUUAGUGAAGAGAUACAGGACUUGGAGUAAAAACUGAUCAUGAAACAGAG